UGAUUUCGACUUCCUGUGGAAGAGGCAAAGAAACUCACGGCUGUCUUCUUGACAGGGCCUGAACCCUAGUAAGACAGGGAACGGCCUCAGUCAUGGUCCUUUGGUAGAUUGUUGACAACUUAGCGAAAUAACGCUCAUAAUCACUGAGGGAAAACGCUGUAUCAGGUUAACUGUCUACCCCCGCUGGGAAUUCGUUUUACCUGGUUGCUUGCUAACCAGGUAACCUCGUAACGUUGCGUUACUUUGAUAGGAUAGUUAGCCAUUCACUACGAAGAACCUCUACAAUUUGAUCCCUGUGUCUAUGCCAAGAUGUCAAACGCUGGUUUCAGUUCUCAAAAUGGGGCAGGAGGACAGGCUUACGUAAAUGGCCCCUCACAAAGCCCUUUUCCAAUGCAGCAAGUGAGCCAAGGUUAUAGCACACCUGGUCAGCUCGGCUAUCAUAAUCCAGUGCCUGCAAAGGCCCCCAUGCCGCCGGGCCCUGGACUCUACAACGCUGUCCCUCCAGUCAGCUCCUAUCAGAGUGGCCCCGGGCCCCACAUGCCAGUCAGGCCGCAGAUGGGAGGCCCGCCACCCAUGCCCCCUGGUCCGAUGCCCCCCACUUCUCAGAACUCUGUGCCGCUCCCCACGGCAUCAACAAACAACUACUACCCCAACGCUCAGAACCCCUCACCGUCCAGCUGGAACUACGGUGUGCGCCCUCCCAUGGGCGUGGCGGGAACGCCGCCUCCGCAGCCAGGGAACCACGUGACGUCGACGUCAUCGUCUCCCAGCCCAGUGCCGAACCUGCCCCCCUCUCAGGGGUUCAGUGCAGGACCCCCGCCAGGGCCCACUCUCACUCCCGACGCCUCGAGGCCCCCUGGACCCCCACUGCCUCCCGCCUCGCUCAACAGCUGGGCCCCACCAGGGUCUGUUCCACCUCUGCCUAUGAACGCAAUGACCCCACAGACAUACCAGCCGGGGAGGCCAGCGUACGGGCCCCCUCCCACAGCGGGACCCCCGCCAGCCAUGAGACCAACUCCGCCUCCCACCGGACCCCCCCUCGGCACAGCCACCCCUCCCCCACCCAUGGCCCCCCAACAUGAAGCUGGUCCGAGUGGAAGUGUUUCUAGUAACGCAUCAGCGUUCAAUGAUGUGGAGAACAUGGACUGGGAUGUUAAUCAGUCAGCAGGAAUGAGACAAACUCACGCGCCAACCAACUCUCAAGAUCCCAACAGCUUUGAGGCCGGCGACCGAACCAUCCCGGACCCCCCCUCAUCUCAGCCAGGACCAGGGCCAGCAGGGAGGCCAAUGGGUCUUGCCUACCCUUCCCUGCCCCCGGGGUACCAGAACAUGGCCCAGCCUCCAAACGCACCCCCUAUGCACCCAACACAGCCUUACAGCUCUGGUCCGGCGGCAUACCAACAGCCAUCGAUGGGCCCUGCCCAGCUGAGUCCCUCAAUGGCUGCGAUGAGCCUGCAGUCUCAGACCCCAGACGCUCUGCGUGUGGUCAACCUCUUGCAGGAGCGGAACCUCCUCCCCCCCACUGCCAUCGAGGCCCCCACGCCCUGCCUGCCACAGGACCUGCAGAAGGUCAACUGCAGUCCAGAGGUGUUCCGCAGCACUCUCACCAGCAUCCCCCAGACGCAGGCCUUGCUUAACAAAGCCAAGCUGCCCCUCGGCUUGCUGCUCCACCCUUUCAAAGAUCUUUCGCAGCUUCCCGUGGUGACCUCCAGCACGAUCGUCAGGUGUCGCUCCUGCAGAACCUACAUCAACCCCUUUGUCUCAUUUCUGGACCAGAGAAGAUGGAAGUGCAACCUCUGCUACAGAGUCAAUGACGUCCCAGAGGAAUUCAUGUACAACCCCGUCAGCAGAUGCUACGGAGAGCCCCAUAAAAGACCCGAGGUCCAGAACGCCACCAUUGAGUUUAUCGCUCCCUCUGAAUACAUGCUGCGACCACCCCAGCCAGCUGUUUAUCUGUUUGUCCUCGAUGUUUCCCACAAUGCCGUGCAGACUGGAUACAUCGAUGUUGUCUGUCAGUCGCUUCUCGAGAACCUCAACUUGCUUCCUGGGGAUACUAGGACGAAGAUUGGUUUCAUAACCUUUGACAGUACGAUCCACUUCUACAACCUCCAGGAAGGGCUCUCUCAGCCUCAGAUGCUUAUUGUGUCUGAUAUAGAAGAUAUAUUUUUACCUACACCAGACAGCCUUUUAGUAAACUUCAAUGAAUGCAAAGAGUUGGUCCAGGACCUGCUGAAGAGUUUACCACAGAUGUUCAGUAAGACGAUGGAGACCCAGUCUGCCCUGGGCCCAUCCCUGCAGGCCGCCUUCAAGCUGCUCUCGCCCACCGGGGGCCGUGUGUCCGUCUUCCAGACCCAGCUGCCCACUCUGGGCGUCGGGGCACUCAAGUCCAGAGAGGACCCUAACCAGAGGGCAUCUGCCAAGGACAUCCCGCAUCUCUCACCUGCGACAGACUUCUACAAGAAGCUGGCUCUGGACUGUUCAGGACAGCAGGUGGCCGUGGAUUUGUUUAUGCUGAGUUCACAGUACUGUGACCUGGCCUCUUUGGGCUGCAUAUCCAGGUACUCAGCAGGAAGUGUGCACUAUUACCCCUCCUACCACAACCAACACAACCCUGCCCAGACGGAGCGCUUCCAGAAAGACCUCAAGAGAUACCUGACCCGCAAGAUUGGCUUUGAGGCCGUGAUGAGGAUACGAUGCACUAAAGGCCUCUCCAUACACACUUUCCACGGGAACUUCUUUGUGCGCUCGACGGACUUGCUCUCGCUGCCCAACGUGAACCCGGAUGCUGGUUUCGCCGUGCAGAUGUCCAUCGAGGAGAACCUGGUGGACAUGCAGGUUGUCUCCUUCCAGGCUGCGUUGCUCUACACGUCCAGCAAAGGUGAAAGAAGGAUCCGAGUGCACACCAUGUGUCUACCCGUGGUCAACUCUCUGUCGGACAUCUUUGCUGGAGCUGAUGUACAAGCUAUCACCGGCCUUCUGGCCAGCAUGGCUGUUGAUCGCUCCGUGACGGCCAGCUUGAGUGACGCCCGAGAUGCGAUGACCAAUGCUGUGAUUGACUCGUUGGCCUCGUACCGCACCGCUGUGCUGACCAUCCAGCAGCCCGGGCUGCUGUCCCCCACCUGCCUGCGUCUCUUCCCCCUCUACAUCCUCGCCCUGCUCAAACAGAUUGCCUUCCGGACAGGCACCAGUACUCGACUGGACGACCGUGUGUUCGCCAUGUGUCAGCUGAAGUACCAGCCACUGGCUUACCUCAUGCUCAUGAUCCACCCAGCACUGUACCGUGUGGAUGACCUGACCGACGAGGGGGCGCUGAAUGUCAGUGACCGCACCAUCCCCCAGCCUCGCGUGUUGCAGCUGUCUGUCGAGAAGCUGAGCAGAGAAGGAGCCUUCCUCAUGGACACUGGCUCGGUGAUGUAUUUAUGGGUGGGAAGGAACUGCAAUCCUCAGUUCUUAACUCAAGUCCUUGGGGUUCCAAGCUAUGCAGCUCUUCCCCAGAAUAUGACUCAGCUCCCAGAACUGGACACUGCUGAGUCCACAAGGACGAGAGCAUUCGUCGGCUGGCUACGGGAACAGAGGCCAUUUUAUCCCACCUUACAUGUCAUCAAGGAUGAUAGCCAGCUGAAGGCUAACUUCAUGCAGAGCAUGGUUGAGGAUCGAACAGAGUCGGCGCUGUCCUAUUAUGAGUUCCUUCUCCACGUGCAGCAGCAAAUCUCCAAAUAAGAUGGUGCUGCAGGCGAGAGGGUUGGGAGGGGGUGCGGUGGGGGUCAACGCGAGGAGUAUGCAGUUGUUCUGGCAGUAUUGAUGGGGUGGGGUUGGGGUGGUGUGAGGACAGUGAGAAUGUGUCCGACCGUGUGACUGGCGUUCAGACUCCGAGCCUGUCGGUACGUUCUGAAGGACAACACCACCAUUUCUCUCUCUCUCUUUGUGUAUCUUCUCAUCAGUUCCCCUGGAGACAGACUGGUCCACUUGGCUGCUUAUUCUCAAAUCAAACUUCUUAUUCAACAUGUCAAUGAUGAGGGGCAGAUUGUUGAUUUCCUAGUAGCAUGUGGAAAUCAUUUGGGGGGGUGGGGAUAAAAAUAAUAAUGCAUCCAUGUAGGUCGAUAAAUCAAGUAUUUGACCUUCUCGGGAGAGACAGUAUGGAGACAUUCAGAUGAUGAAGCACAGUUGUACUUACUAAUAAUAAAGUAAAGUAUGUAUCACACUAAAGUCUUUUGAGCUCCUAGCUCAAUGUAGAGCUAUACUGAGGGGCACAGUCAGUAAUAAAGUAAUGCUUUAUGGUAUGACAGAACGGCAUACAUAUUCUCUUAUUUCGAUCACUGCUAUUGUCAGUCGAACAAAUCCACAGACUUGCAAUGACAAAAGAAAUGUGGCAGAUGGAAGUUAGAAAAAAAAGGGGUGGCCUCACUCCUUUUGUAAUCUUUUGCUGUGAGUACAUUGAUCAAGUGGAAUGCUGUCUUCACCUUGUGGUUUCUGGCAGUCACUCUGUGAAAAAUUUCAAACUUUUCAUGUUUUUAUUUUAUUUCCUUUUCGUUUGUUAAUUUAUGAGAAUCCCAUUCUAAUUACAUCUGUGUUUGCCUUGUAUGGGAACUCAGUUUUUUUAGGCUUCUGUUAAAAGGCAAGACAUUAUGUAUAUGAAAUGUUUUAAUAUAAUAGGAUAUGGGAAAUUUCUUUAACAGACAUAACAAAGCCAUUUGAUCUUUAAUCAUGCUUUAUUAAAAACUUGUAUAUUGAAAAGUACAUUAUAAUGAUAAAGAUGGAUUUUAGUAUGACCUUAAGGUGAAUUUAUGAUAAAAAAAAAUAAACUGGUUGGGCCUUUUAUAUCUAGUGGUUGUUCUGUCGUAAAUGAAGGACUAUUUUACUUAAUCCAUUUCUUUUCUGAUAAAUGUUGUCUCUGCAUACACAUUUUGUUCUUUCAAAAUGACUUACGUUUUAUCUCAAGUUUUAAUCAAACAAUAGGAGUGUAUCACAGAAAACAUUCAAACUGUGAUAAAGAAUCCAGUUACAUGUAGUGUUAAGUUCUUCUGGUGUGUGAAAUGUCAUGUUAUAAUUUAAGUGUUUCUUAAUUGUAAUGCUGAAGAAAUAAGUUAUGAAUGAUGGUGAAGAUUGGACUAUACUUUUGAUUUGCUUCUUUAUGUGUAAUAAUCAAAAUCUACCAAAACCUUUUAACUUCCCAAGAUAAAACAAUGUUUUCCCCAUGUAAUUUUGAUACUGCUUUCCGUCUCAGAGAUGAUAAAGCUCACUAAAUCCUCA